AUGUCGGAGAUGACGACUCGAGAUAAUCCGAUUACGGCGGAUGCUUCUUCAAAGCCUCCAACACCCAAAGGCUUUGGGGAUAGCAUCUCGGACAUGGAGAUCAGCGACAACGAACCCGAACCACCUCGCAAGAAAAUAGUUACCCACGGACUCGACUCCGAAGACGAUGUCGUAGCUGUCGACCAAGCCGGUCGCUCAGCCGACAAGGAUAAUAACCUCGCCGAUGCCGACAGCGACAUCGAAGACCUCUCGGACCUUGAGGCAGACUUAGACGAAGAGCUCGCAGAGCUUGGAGAUCUUGAUGAUGACGAUGCCGAUAUGGAUGGAGGCAAAGGAGAAGUUCUCAUCGAUCAAGAUGCUGUUCGAAAGAUGGGUGUUCAUAGGAGAGCUCCAGGAGAAGCAUCAAUUAGUCGCAAGAAGAAGGAAGCUACCAGGAGAUCGCGAAAGACAAGAGAUGACACGAGAGAUAUUGGUAGCGACGGAGGCGAAGGGCCGGUUAAGGAAUCGCGUCCUCUCACAGAAGCCGAGCGAAAGCUGCAGGAUCUCGAUAACAAAAUCUCCAAGGCCACGAAGGCCCCCAGGAAAAGAAAGCAGGAAGGAGACUCAACGCAUUGGGACGAUCUACUCGCAGAUUUGACAGCCCGAAUGACUUCAGCUGUCAAGCAUGACAUCCAAGAUAAGGAGGCAGGAAGGCCCGCUACUCGGAAGCUUACUAUGCUUCAAGAGGUUGUCGCGGCGUUCCGCUCGAGGGACAUGCGAAACAACAUGGAUGGUGAAAUCCUGAAAGCCCUGCGAUUCUGGCUAGAGCCUCUGCCAGACCGCUCUCUCCCAGCCUACGACAUUCAACGAGAGUUAUUCCAAAUAUUGGUUGAGAUGCCCGAUAUUAAAUACGAUGAGCUCCGAAUUAGCGGGCUCGGAAAGCUUCUAAACUUCUACAUCCGUGACGCUCGUCCACAGCAGCACAUUCGAUUCACUGCUCAGAAACUUUACGAAAAUUGGUCUCGUCCGAUACUUGAGAAAAGUAACAACUACAGACAUCGUAAGAUUGAAACAGCAGAAUUCGAUCAAAGCCAAAAACGAGCGAAAACCAAACUCAGCGACCUCAAGGAUAAACCUGAUGCUCUGGCUCCACCACAGCUUAAGAGCAACCGCACUCGUGUACCUGACGCAACUCCACAGACAUACACGAUUGCUCCUAGAUCCAAACUUGUUGCACCGGAUUUGAAAACUGCUCGUCCCCUUGGUGCUAAUGCUGAAGAUCAAAUUCGACGAUUGAAAGCACGUGCCACUGGGAAGGUCGGUCGCGGUUCUGGCCGAGGUGGAGCAUAG